AUGCCAAUUGAGAACACCGCUGGCUAUAUGAUCCCUGUGUUGCCAUCAAAUGACCUCGCAUAUCCCUUUGGCAAACUAGGUUUGGAUCUAUCUGACUCUGAGCUUCGGGAAACCGCGUAUGAGAUCUUCGUCGGGGCUUGUCGGAGCUCCGGUGGAGGUAGGCCGUUGACUUAUAUGUCUCAGUCGUCUGGGAGGUCAUCUGACAAGGCGUCAUCGUUGCCGUCGCUGCAGAGGUCACUGACGUUGACGGCAGCCAGUAAGGUGAAGAAGGCGUUGGGUAUCAAGCAUAAAAAGAAAAACAACAGUUCCGAAUCGAAUGCUUCUUCGACGGAGAAUCGGCCGGCAACAAUAGGGGAGCUGAUGAGGGUUCAGAUGAGGAUCUCGGAGCAAAUUGAUUCUAGGGUUCGACGUGCAUUAUUAAGAAUCGCCGCUGGACAGCUUGGUAGGCGCAUCGAAUCAAUAGUUCUACCCAUAGAGCUUUUACAGCAAUUUAAAUCAUCCGAUUUCCCAAAUCAACGAGAAUAUGAAGUAUGGCAAAAGAGAAAAUUGAAGGUACUCGAGGCCGGACUGUUGCUCCACCCUAAACUACCUAUUGAUCGGAAAGACCCAUCGGCUCAAAAACUCCGACAGAUCAUAAGGGCGGCUCACGACCGACCAAUUGAGACCGGAAAAUACAGUGAAGCGUUUCAAACCCUUCGAACAAUCACAAUGGAGCUUGCUUCUCGGUCAUCUGACGAUUAUACCCCUGACACAUGCCAUUGGGCAGAUGGAUCCCCUUUGAAUCUUCGUCUCUACCAAAUUCUUCUUGAAGCUCUUUUUGAUGUCGAAGAGCCAACAUCCAUGAUUGAAGAGGUCGAUGAGGUGUUAGAACUCGUAAAAAAGACAUGGGGAAUCUUGGGAAUUGAUGAAAAACUCCAUAAUCUUUGUUUUUCGUGGGUUUUAUUCAACCAUUAUGUAUCCACAGGUCAAGUUGAGAACGAUUUCCUUUUCGCUGCUGAUAAUUUAUUGCUUGAAAUCAAAAAAGAUGCAAAGUCGACUUUGGAUUCUGUUUACACCAAGAUUUUGUGUUCCACAUUGAACUCAAUGUUGGAGUGGGCAGAAAGAGGGCUUUUAGGGUACCAUGAGUCGUUUUACAGGGGUAAUAUUGACUUAAUGCAAAGUAUUCUAUCACUAGCGUUAUCUGCUGCCACCAUAUUGGCAGAAGAAAAUCCCCGUGAAAAUGGUGGAAUGAAAGCCAUUGAUGUUGCAAAUGCCAAAGUUGAUAUCUACAUCAGAUCAUCCAUGCGCAAAGCUUUUAAUCAGGAAAUUGAGAAAUUGCGAGUAAGUCGAAAGUCAACAAAAAGUCAACUAAACAGUCUUCCAUCACUCUGCAUACUUGCCCAAGAUGUAACUGACCUAGCUUUUACUGAAAAGGAGAUUUACAGUCCAAUUUUACAAAAAUGGCAUCCUCUUGCAGUUGGGGUAGCAGUAGCCACCCUCCAUUCAUGUUUUGGACAAGAAAUCAAGAAAUUUGUUUCGGGAAUCAGUGAGUUGACUCCAGGUGCUAUUCAAGUACUAAUAGCAGCUGAUAAGUUGGAAAAAGAUUUAGUACAAAUGGCAGUUGAAGAUUCGGUCAACAGUGAUGAUGGUGGAAAGUCAAUAAUUCAAGAAAUGAGUCCUUAUGAAGCCGAAGGUGUGAUUGUGGAUUUGGUUAAAUCUUGGAUAAAAACUCGAGUUGAUAGACUUGAAGAAUGGGUUGAUAGAACUUUGCAACAAGAGGAGUGGGACCCACGAGCAAAUAGAGAACGGUUUGCUCCUUCUGCUGUUGAAGUUUUAAGAACUAUUGAUGAAACUUUGGAAGCUUUCUUUUUAUUACCAAUUCCUAUGCAUCCCGAUUUACUACCCGAAUUGAUGAGUGGUCUUGAUAGAUGCCUUCAAGAUUACAUUUUAAAGGCAAAAUCCGGUUCUGGAUCUCGACGUUCUUUUCUUCCAAUUUUGCCCCCAUUGACUCGAUGCAAAGGUGGGUCAAAACUCAAUGGUGUCUUCAAGAAAAAAGAUCGGUUACAAAUAGGUCAAAGGAGGAAACUUUUACCAAAUACUACAACAAAUGGUAACGAUUCUUCCCAUAGUAUCCAACAUUUAUGUGUUCGGGUCAAUACUUUUCACUACAUUAGGAAAGAUCUAGAAGUCUUGGAAAAAAGAGCAAUCGCCCAUUUAAAAAGCAACGGGAUCCGUGAGGGUAAUUUCGUCAAAAAACACUUCGAGUUAUCUUUCUCCGCAUGUGUAGAAGCAAUCCAACAAGUAUGCGAGGCAACCGCAUAUAAAGUCAUAUUUCAUGAAUUAGAUCACGUGUUCUAUAACGGAUUAUACACAACCGAAGUUUCAUCAUCUUCAAGAAUCGAACCGUUUUUACAAGAACUCGAACAAAAUCUUGAAAUCAUAGCGGAAACUGUACAAGAAAACACGAUUCGAACGCGUCUAAUCACAAACAUAAUGAGAGCUUCGUUUGAGGGGUUUUUGUUGAUUUUGCUUGCGGGAGGGCCUUCUCGUAAUUUCACACUCGAAGAUUCUUCGAUGAUACAAGAGGAUUUUAAGUUUCUUAUGGAUUUGUUUUGGUCAAAUGGGGAUGGAUUACCGAGUGAUUUAAUCGGGAAACAUUCGGUUGUAGUGAAAGGGGUUUUACCCCUUUUAGGUAUUGACACAAGUCUUCUUAUUGAGAAAUUUAAAUCUUUAGUUGUUGAUAAUGAUGGUCAUGUUUCAUCAACAAAAUCAAGACUUCCUUUGCCUCCAACAACUGAGGUGUGGGGCCCGGGUGAAGCCAACACGGUUUUGAGAGUGUUGUGUCAUCGGAAUGAUAAGGAGGCUACUGUGUUCUUGAAGAAGAAUUAUAAUUUCCCGAAAAAGCUUUGAUGGUUCUUGUGAUUAUAGCUUUGGGUUUGUACUUUGUACAUAAAUACGAAGAGAUGCCAUUUGAUGGAUAAUGUAUUUUUGGUUUGUGUUUUAUAGCGAUGUGGGAUGAAACCCAGAGAUAUUUAUUGUACAUGGGUUAUGAGAAGUUUUUGAGAUGCAUUGAAUGUUUAUGGUUUCAAAUUUUAAAUGUAUAUUUCUUCAUUGUAGUGGUUUAAAGUCGCUAUGAAUGUGUGAUCAUGGAUUGCUAAGAUAUUCUUAAAUAAUAGCAAAGAUAUGUUGAAUUUACAUAUCAUGUUCGAAAACUAGA